AUGCAGACUUCACAUCAACAAAAAGCAGCGGUGGUUCGAAAUCCAGGGGAUCAUUACAAUAUUGAAUUUUGUGACAAAGUAUCAAUUCCCAGUCCUGGGCCACACGAGGUCCUGGUCAAGCUCAAUUGCCAUGAAGUCAUUCUGAAAUACGCGCUGUCCGAGGCUGGGGAGUUUACAACCCCAUCAUUGGUCACGAGGGCGUGGGGACGGUGUCAAAAGUUGGUCUUCAUGUUUCCUCAUCUCUGGUGGGACAAAGGACAGCAGAAUACCGGUCGUCAUGUUCCGGGUACUCUGCAGCAGUAUACCAUCGCCGACGCACGAUUCCUCACUAGAAUCCCAGAGGGUCUUUCGGACGAGAUUGCAGCUCCGCUUCUGUGUGCAGGUCUCACCAUGGCUGGUGCUCUCGCUCAUCUUGAUAGUGAGUUGCAGACUGGUGAUUGGAUUGCCAUCUCAGGAUCUGGUGGCGGACUCGGUCAUCUGGGGGUGCAAUUAGCCUCGAGAGUGAAGAGGUAUCGUGUCAUUGCAAUCGACACCGGUGACGAGAAAAGAGAUCUAAGUCUCUCCUCGGGCGCAGAAUCUUUUCUCGAUUACAAGACCGAAGACGUUGCAAAGCGGGUGAACGAAUUGACCGGGGAAGGUGCCCAUGCUACCAUUGUUGUUCCGGGCACAAAAGAAGCUCUCCAAAUGGCACCGAGUUUGGUCAGAAAUCUGGGUCAUAUUAUAUGUGUCGGUCUUCCGAAAAAUGAGAUUGAACUUCCCAUCUCAGCCACUCUUUGCGCCGCGAGAGGGCUUACAAUCCGAGGUUCCUCGGUCGGAUCGGAGACAGAAAUGACAGAGUUGUUGCAGCUUGCUGUUGGGGGAGUCAUCACCCCGGCAAUCAAGGUCUUUCCUCUGGUCGAUACACCAGAGCUUAUUCGACAAAUCGAGAGGGACGAGAUUCUUGGGCGAGCUGUCGUGAAACAUCCGUAA